UAUCUAUCCAGGUAUUCCUAAGUGAAGCAUAAGCCAAGCAAUGGAUCGAACACGAGAAAAGAUGAGAACAAUCUUGAGUAUUGAUGGAGGAGGAGUUAGGGGACUUAUUCCUGCCCAAGCUCUUGAAUUCUUAGAGACGAAACUUCAGGAAUUAGAUGGACCAGGUGCCAGAUUGGCAGAUUAUUUCGAUAUUAUAGCUGGUACUAGCACUGGAGGACUGAUGGCUGCCAUGAUAACUUCUCCAAAUGGCCACAACCGCCCCCUGUUUGCUUCUAAAGAUCUUACAAACUUCUACAUGAAAUGGCUUCCUCACAUUUUUCCACAACGAACGACUUCGAGUCGUUUCCGACAAGUCAAGAGUUUCUUCUGUGGGUGCAAAUACUCGGGGCAGUGCCUCCAGAUGAUCCUAAAUGAAAACAUUCCAUCUCUACGUCUAAGCGAGACGAUCACUAAUGUGCUCAUACCCACUUUUGAUGUGAAGCUGCAGCAGCCAGCCAUUUUCUCAACAUUUCAGGCUAAAGAAAAUCCUCUCAAGAACCCAUUUCUGAAAGAUGUAUGUAUUGCUACAUCUGCAGCUCCUACUUUUCUUCCACCCCACUACUUCACAAUACAUGAUCAAUCUUCUGCAAGUCCUAGAAGUUUUCACUUGAUAGACGGAGGAAUUGCUGCCAACAAUCCUACCUUGCUGGCAAUGAAUCAAAUUAUUGAAAUGUGUGUCAAGGAGGAUCCAAUUUUCAAAACCUUUAGACCUAAGGAAUAUGGGAAAAUGUUAGUUCUUUCACUUGGAACUGGACAAGAAGAUUCAACAAGUGCAAGCUAUGAUGCAAAAGAUGUUGCUAGAUGGGGUUAUUUCAAAUGGAUUAAGAAUAAGAAUAGGACUCCAAUAGUAGAAGUCUUCACAAAUGCUAGUGCAGAUAUGGUGGAUAUAUAUAUAGCUAAUAUGUUCCAAUCUAGUUUAUACAAAGGGAAAUAUCUUAGAAUUCAGGAAACAAAUUUAAGCGGAGCUGCAGCAAGUAUAGAUUGUUCCUCCAAAGAAAACCUUGAAAAUUUAGUGAAGAUUGGGAGGAUGUUAUUGGAUAAAUCUGUGAGCAAAGUGGAUUUAGAAACUGGUCUGUUUCAGGAAGUUGAAAACGAGGGUACCAACAAAGAUGCAUUGACAAGAUUUGCCAAAUUGUUGUGGGAGGAGAGGAAUAGAAGACUUGAGGAGAGGAAAAGCCGACUGCCCUCAUUAUCCUCUCAUAAUAAGGAAAACAAAUAAAUUUCUGAGUACAACUACUUUAGAUUUUAAUAAUUAAUGUUUCUAAUUCCAAACUGUGAUGGAUAUCAAGUUUCGAUUGGGAUUGACUAAACAAAUAGAUUAUAUGUACUGAUGAGCAAUUUGUGACACCCUUAUCUAUGUAACUGAUUUUUUAUUUUUAAGUAGAUAUUUUUUCUUUCAUACAUCUCUCUCACCCUAAAUUGUUCUCAUAUUGAUGAGUGGACGCAUCUAUUCUCUAUGCAUUGACUAACACGUGUGUUAGUCACGCAUUUUAUACCGUCGAUUUUGUAAUAAACGGCUGCGAUUGACUAGCAUGUCGCUAUCAGACUGUAUGAAAGAU